GGAAAGAAAAAUUCGGGGAAGGAGAGAACAUGAGAAAGGAAAAAAUUAGUCCAGCUCUUUUUAAUUUUAAAGAUCCCAGUUCAAUUUAAAUUGCGGCCUCAAGAAACCAGCAGAGAAGAUCCGAAGAAAACCCAACCCACCACCCUUAAAAGCCCCAAAUCGACGCCAUUUUAGUUUGGAUAUUCGGCAUAAAUGAUGCUGUUUUGACUGGUUGAGAACUCAAAUUUGAGUAAUUUCUCGGCUUCUUCAUCUCGCCACUCAAAUAAAAGAGAGGUGGCAGCUGAAGAGGAAGGUAGGAAAUCAAUGGAUCUAUCGGGAUCGUGACUCACUGCAAAAAUGGCGCGAACGAUGGUAGAUUUUGGGGGACAAUUUACUAUUGCUUCGCCAAUAAAAGAAGGGUGGGAGAGAAGAAGCCUAUGAAAAUUGUGAGGAAAGUUAAUCUCUUUGCGCGUGUCCCGUUCUCUUCUCCAACUCUCGUCUUAAACUCCCUCUUCCAUCUCCUAAGCUUCUGCAGUUCUGCUACUGUAAAGAAAUGAAAUACACUAUUUUAAAUUUCCACAGAAGCCUGCGCACCUCAAUUCUAAACCUUGAUAAUCAUAGUCUCUGUCACAAGCUCUUCUAUCAUCAAUCACAGCUUGCUGUUCCAGGUAACUCCGCUGCCAAAUGGCACCCACCAUUACCUGAACGUCCACCUCCCUGCACUUUGCCUCACUUUAGCCCCAACUCAAAUUUCUCGCAAAAGGACUUCUUUGCAAUCUCUAAACUCCUCAUGAACCCUUUCACUUCCUCAGGUGCGGCCCUCGGGUUGGCAUUGGACCAGACCGGGAUAGAACCGGAUCCUGGUUUGCUGCAGGCUAUAUUCGCUCACUUUGAUUCCUCUCCCAAUUUGCUAUAUGCGCUGUUUCUCUGGGCAGAGAGGAAACCCGGGUUUCACUCCACUGCAACUCUAUUCAAUUCCAUUAUCAAUGUUCUCGCUAAGGCCAGGAAGUUUGAAUUUGCAUGGUCCCUAAUUCUUGAUCAGACUGAUAAAAAAGAGGAAACAACUUUGGUUUCUGGGGAGACAUUUGCCAUUUUGAUCAGACGAUACGCUCGUGCUGGAAUGAUCCAACCAGCCAUUCGGACAUUUGAAUUUGCUAGCAGUUUUGACUCAAUUGGUAACUCUGAUUCAGAAAUCUGUUUGUUUGAAUUUUUGUUGGAUUCCCUUUGUAAAGAAGGACAGAUUAAGGUAGCCUCGGAAUACUUCAACAGGAAAAAGGAAUUGGAGGAAUAUUGGGUUCCUUCAAUUCGGGUUUAUAAUAUUUUACUAAAUGGAUGGUUUCGGUCAAGGAAACUUAAAAAGGCAGAGAAAUUCUGGUUGAAAAUGAAAGAGGAGAAUGUGAGAGCAACUGUUGUCACUUAUGGCACCCUUGUAGAAGGGUACUGUCGGAUGUGCCAUGUUGAGAUGGCAAUGGAAUUUGUGGAUGAAAUGAGACGAGGUGGAAUUGUGCCAAAUGCUAUAAUUUAUAAUCCCAUUAUCGAUGCCCUAGGAGAGGCUGGGAGGUUUAAAGAAGCCUUAGGUAUGAUGGAAGCUUUUUUAUUGUGUGAAUCUGGCCCAAAUGUUUCCACCUACAAUUCUCUGGUGAAGGGUUUUUGUAAGGCAGGAGAUCUUGUCAGUGCUAGCAAGAUCAUUAAGGCGAUGAUUAGCAGGGGAUUUGUUCCAACCCCUACUACCUAUAAUUAUUACUUUAGGUUCUUUUCAAAAUGUAGGAAAACCGAGGAGGGGAUGAACCUAUAUACAAAGUUGCUUGAAGCUGGGUACAGUCCAGAUAGGCUUACUUAUCAUCUCCUGUUGAAGAUGUUGUGCCAAGAUGAGAGAUUGAACUUGGCUGUGCAAGUUAGCAAGGAAAUGAGAGCUAGCGGAUGUAAUAUGGACUUGGCUACUAGCACCAUGUUGAUCCAUUUGCUUUGCAAGAUGAAUAGAUUUGAAGAGGCUUUUGUGGAGUUUAAAGACAUGAUAAGAAGGGGUAUAGUUCCUCAGUAUCUUACUUUUCAUAGACUGAAAGAUGAGUUAAGGAAAAAAGGAAUGACUGACAUGGCACACGAAUUAUGCCGUUUGAUGUCAUCUGUCCCUCAUUCGAACAAGUUGCCCAACACAUACAGUGAAGACAUAGAUGUAUCACGUGCAAGGAGAAGAUCUAUAUUACGGAAAGCUGAAGCCAUUUCUGAUAUGCUAAAGACUUGUAAAGAUCGAAGAGAACUUAUUAAGCAUAGAACUUCAUCUGAAAAAGCUAUAUGGAGUGCCAACAGGUUAAUAGAGUAUAUCAAGGGAAAAGUUAAGGAGACAUAAAAUUACUUAUAGCCAAAACAAAGUCCAUCCUAGCAUUCUUGCUCUUGGGAGAGGGGGAUGUGGAAUAGACAACACUUAGGAUGCACUUUUCAGAUAUCAGGUGAUGGACUGCAUGGAGAAAAAAGAGUGAGACAUGAGUCAGAAGUAGUGGAGGGUUGAGGAUUGAUAUUUAAGAACUUGAGAUGGAGAUGAAGUUCCUCCACCGGUUAUUUUAAGCUGCUUGAACAUGGUUUGGCAAACCCAACAGAAGGAUGCAGCUUUUAUGCAGACUGGAAAGGCAGAAGAUGAGAGAAAGAAUGCAAGAAAGAGAUUGGAGAGGCAAAGAGAGAGGGAAAGAAAAAGAAAAAGGAAUUCUCUUCUGGUGGUUGACUGAGGUCAGUUCCUACAUUUUCUGGUUAAUUAAGUUAUGCUUAUUGAAGCAAUGUUUGCAGAGUUCUGAGUUUUCGAAGGGUUGUAUGAAGUACUUUUGUUUGCAGUUCUUUCCUGCACUGAUGCUCGAAACCCAUUUAUGACUGAUAUCAGGAAUAAGUGUAAUUUUUCUAGUGUAGUGGUAUUUUCUAGGGCAAUUUUCUUCGUAUUGGUUCAAGGAAUAAGUUUCUAAAUGAAAGUUGAUGUUGUUA